CAGCCUCAGCGAGCCCCGGGCUCCUCCUCCCGCCCCAGCGUGGCCAAGUGAGCACCGCUCGGGUCGCAGGUAGCCGGGGCACGGGAGGUGGCGCGCGCGGGACCCGUCGCAGCGCCCAGCCGCGCUGCCAGACGAAGCUCCGAUCCUCGCGGUCCCGGACGCCGGCGGAGAUCUCUGCACCGGCCAUGUGGGGCCCGGGGGUCACGGCCGAGGGCCUGUCGAUGGCUCCAGCGCCACCGCCACUGCUACCGCUGCUACUGCUGCUCGCGCUGGCGCUAGUGGCGCCCUCGCGGGGCGGCGGGGGCUGCGCGGAGCUGGCGUGCGGCGAGCGGGAGCGCUGCUGCGACUCGGCCAACGCCACGGCCGUGCGCUGCUGCAAGCUACCGCUCCACGCCUUCCUGGACAACGUGGGCUGGUUCGUCCGCAAGCUUUCUGGGCUGCUCAUCCUGCUGGUGCUCUUCGCCAUCGGCUACUUCCUGCAGCGCAUCAUCUGUCCCAGCCCACGCAGGUACCCGCGUGGCCAGGCUCGUCCUGGCCAGGCACGACCCGGGCCUGCCGGGGGAUCCGGGCCGCCGGGGACCGCGGGGCCACCCGACGACGACGACGACUCGCCUGCUCUGUUGCGCGAUGAAGUGGCCGCGGGUUCGCAGGACUCACUGCUGGACAGUGGCGGCGGCCGGGGCCGAGGAGGUGGGGGACGUCUGCCUCCUGCCUGUGUUUCCGAGCACGAGCUGCGAGUGGUGUCGCCGGUCUUCCUUCAGCUGCCCAGCUACGAGGAGGUCAAAUACCUACCCACCUAUGAGGAGUCCAUGCGGCUGCAGCAGCUCAACCCUGCGGAGGUCGUUUUGCCCGUGUCGGUGCUUGGGCAUCCGCAAGGCGAUAGUGCCGGCGACCCCGACGGCGACCAGGGCCGCUUCCCGCUCAUCUGAACGCCCGGAGCCUCACAGAGAUCAACGGGAUCGUACGAGGCUGGGGGCUGCGUGUGGCACGCAACAGCUGGUGUGUUGGCGGUCGCCCCUGGCUGCCUCUGACCAUACCUAGUAUCCCCGCACAACCUGUAGCCCCGCGCCUGGGUUGGGGUCAGUCCCCUCCCUCUCGCUCCCUGGGGAUCCUGUGUUUUUCUAUGUUUCUUUGGACUCAAGGUUGGCAGCUCGGCGAGGGCACCGGCUUUGGACCAGCUAGCAGCUCCUCCUGGACACCCGUCCCCGCCCUCUGCCAAUGCCUCCCCUUGUGUUCACUGUAAGUGCCUGCUUCUCCAAUCCAAAAGAACACGUUAACCUUUGGUGUGUCUAUAGACCCGCGGCUUGCUUUAUGUCCGAAAAGGAAGGAGCGCAGGUCCAUUCCUUGCCCUCCUGCUUGGAUGGGUCCCAGUCUCCCCAGACUGGAAGGUGAGGCCUUUGGCUCUGGGCCACGACCAGUGACUGCUGCAUGUGGGUUUGUGGAGGCAGCGCUUGGCUGUGAUGGGAUCCCUUUCUUGAGAAAGACCCCAGAAAACCCUUUGGUGUCUUCCUAGCCAAUCAAAUAGUCACUGCUGAUGGCGCACAGUUAAGUGGGGGGAGGGAUAUCGUCAUGGAUAAGAGGUUUAGUUGCAGCAAGAUGUAGCAACUAAUUAAUCCAGACCGGAUUUGUAAUCUGGUACGAUGAAUUUUGGGGUUUUGUCAGUAAGGUGUUUGUCUUUUAUUUUUAUAUUUUGUCAUGCACUGAACACAUCGGGAAGGUAGUUCAACAAAUUGGCAGGGUAAUCACUGUUCUGUUUUAGACCCGUAACCAUCAAGAAGUCGCCCACAAUCUGCCAUUGCUUAAUACGGUGUUGGACAUUAUUUCAUUAAAGGUGUGGGGGAUGGUCAAACAGGAAAUGUGACAUAAAACAUGAAGGAUAUCUUAUUUUCACUAUUUGAGAAUAUAGUUUAUUUUUAGUACCAAAGCAUAAUACAUAACUUUUAUAAUAACUGUGUACAUUGUGUAGUCUGGGUCUUAACUGUAUCAUGGAAGUAUGUGUAAAAAGGCCAUUGGAACAUGUAUGACACACCAUGGAGCAAGAUGGCUUGCCAGUAUGUCCUUCUCUAUGUUUCGUUUAGGAUGCAUUCUGCAACGUGAUUCCAAACAUAAGAAACAGAAUUGUAACUUUUGUUUAGACCUGUAACUUUGCAGUAAUGUGCAAAGAAGAAUUUGCCCAACCUAUCUUUAUUAAAAAAAAUGAAGCAGUAUCAUUUUACUAGUUCUGGGAUAUCCCCUUUAAGUAAUAAGACACAUUUUAACGCAUCAUAUAGUGUACAUAUGGAAUCAUCAGUGUACAACGUAUACAUUGUAUGCCACGUAACUAUCACAGCGUACGGCUAGCAUGAGUGGAAGGGGUGGAAAGGAAUGCCAGCCACUUUCCCUGGAGAAGUGUGAACAGCACCAAUUGUCAAGAGAGAUUAUUCACUGGGUCUAUGAAGAAGCCGAGCAGGCCUAGAAAAUCUUCAAGUGUCUGAUUUGUAUUUUAAAAAAAAAAGAUUUGAUUACUUUUAACUUUUAAAGACUGAUUGAAAAUGUCUGACGUCCUGGGAAAUAUUUUUAAUGUAUGAAUUAUAAUAAAAUGAUGGUUUGCUUUAAACUCCUCAAAGCUAAUGACCCUAUUA